CGAGACAAACGACAUGCCGUCAUAUGUUCGCCUGUGGAGAACUUCUCUGCCCACACAGCACAGCUCUCUGCCUCCGUCUCACCUCCUCCCACCUUUGGACCACCACCGGAGACCUCGCCGGAACGCUCGCCGACAGAGGAGCGCCAUGGACCGCAUGGUGGUUGAAGGGAUGCCCGAGACGGCCGUCGGAGGUGGAGGGAUGCUGAACCGGCGGAGGGGCAAAGCCAGGCGGAGAAAGCGAAAGGAGUUGUUCGCCAUCCAGAUGUGCUUUGCGGCUGUGCUGCUGGGGCUGGCCGUGGGGCUGCAGACGAUGGCGCAGAAAGCAGGAUAUCAUGUUUCCAGCUCCUUGGUUUUGGGAGAGGCCACGUGGGAGAGUCGUCACCUUCUACAAGAAGACAACAUCUCUAAUCUGUACUUAGAGCCUGAGAAAAACUGUACUGAACCAGCAAUCCAUGAGUUCCCCAGAGACUAUUUCACCAACCAGGAGCGCACUGAGGGAGCUGUGGGCCUUCAUGUUCUCUGUGCAGUCUACAUGUUUUACGCCCUGGCAUUGGUCUGUGAUGACUACUUUGUUCCCUCGCUAGAGAAGAUAUGUGAGCGUCUUCAACUGAGUGAGGACGUGGCGGGGGCCACCUUCAUGGCAGCUGGCAGUUCAGCCCCUGAACUCUUCACUUCUGUCAUUGGAGUGUUCAUCACUAAAGGUGACGUUGGUGUGGGUACCAUUGUGGGCUCUGCCGUCUUCAACAUUCUCUGCAUUAUUGGAGUGUGUGGUAUUUUUGCUUUGCAGACCAUCCGUCUGUCCCGCUGGCCUCUCCUCAGAGACUCAGUCUACUACACACUGUCUAUCUCUGCCCUUAUUGUGUUCAUAUAUGAUGAAAAGGUGGUUUGGUGGGAAGCUCUGACACUGAUUCUGAUGUAUUUCGUCUACAUUUUGAUCAUGAAGAUGAACUUCUACAUUGUUCGUUUUAUUGAGAGACAGAAGAAGAACGCAUCUGGUUUAAGUAAUGGAGCUGCUACUAACGCUGAACUCGAUGAUGGCUAUGAUGCUACUGCUGUCCUGCUGAAGAAAGCAAAUCACCACAGAAAGCCAUCUGUGCUGAUGGUGGAUGAGCUCCUCUCAGCAUACCCCCAUCAGCUGACCUUUUCUGAGGCUGGCAUGAGGAUCAUGAUCACCAGCCACUUUUCUCCAAGAACACGCCUCACCAUGGCCUCACGGAUGCUCAUCACAGAGAGACAGCGACUGAUCAACACCCAGACUCUGACCAACGGCGAAUCAGAUAUUCCCAUCAAAGCAGGGGGUAGGCGGAGCAUUGAGAAUGGGCUUUCCAGGGCUGCGAGGCGCCUCAGCAUUCGCCGUGAUGAUCGGGAGGCAGGCAACGAGGCUGAGAACGAGGACAACGAAAACAAUGAGAACGAUGAAGAAGAAGAGGAAGAUGAGGGAGAGGGACCCUUUGUACCCUUCCAGUGCCCGGCUGGUGUGUUCAACAAACUGAAGUGGCUGCUGGCCUGGCCCCUGUGCCUCGUGCUGUUCUUCACCAUCCCCAACUGUUCCAAACCUCGCUGGGAGAAUUUAUUUAUGCUAUCUUUUUUUUUCUCUACUCUUUGGAUCGCCUCCUUCUCUUACAUAAUGGUCUGGAUGGUAACUGUGAUUGGCUUUACACUCGGGAUUCCUGAUGUGAUCAUGGGCAUCACCUUCCUGGCAGCCGGCACCAGUGUUCCUGACUGCAUGGCCAGUCUGAUAGUGGCAAGGCAAGGUAUGGGGGACAUGGCUGUGUCCAACUCCAUUGGCAGUAAUGUGUUUGACAUCCUGGUGGGGCUUGGCCUCCCCUGGGCCCUGAAGACAUUGGCCAUUAACUACGGCUCUGCUAUUAAGCUGAACAGCAAAGGGCUCAUCUUCUCUGUGGGACUCCUGUUGGCAUCUGUGUUCCUCACAGUCCUGGGAGUCCACCUUAACCACUGGACGCUGGACAAACGUCUGGGAUUCACGUGUCUCUUCCUUUACUCCAUCUUCCUGUGCUUCUCAUGCCUCAUCGAGUACAACAUCUUCACUUUUGUCAACCUGCCGACGUGUCGGGAUGACUGAGAUGCACCAGCAUUGCCACAAACAAACACACAGACACACACACACACACACACACACACACAAAAGUUACAAUUACAGGUAGUCUAACUCAAAUCAGACUCACCUCUAAAUCUUUUUUGAAGAGGUCCCACUCUGCUCUUUUUUCGGGUGCUCAUAUUCCUGCUCUCAUGUUUACUUUCAAUCAGACCAGAGUGUGGGACCCUCUCCAGGAGAAGAGGAAGAUGACGGGUUAAUAAAAAGCCCUCACUGUGUUCAGCACACACACCUUUCUAUUACUGCAUGCUUCUCAUAUGAACAUGUUUUCUUUUGAAGCUCCUGUGUGUAGGUGUGAUGUUUCUUAGCUGCUAACUUUUCCUCACAGGUUUUGUGAGACCUUGAGGAGAAUAAUAUUGAUCAAAGCAAUGAUGUAACGAGGCGAACGGGGAUAGUCUAGCACUUUGUUGCACCAGAGUAGCAGAGGAGUUGUUUGGGUUGUGGAAGUCUCGUGGUAGAAAACCGGCCCAGUUAUGCACAUGUGCACAUUAUGAACAAUCAGAGUAACUUUGUUCAUCCUUCAUGUGAAUAUUGAUGUGUGUAGAGACAGUCUUCCUCCUCUGCUUUUAGAUGUAAAAUGACAGACAACCUGGGCAUUAACUCAUCACCUUUUUAUAAAGCAACGCACAGCUAUAACAUUUUGGUUUUCUAUCAGGGUUUUUUUCUCCUAUUUGUAUAUACCCCCCUGUAUAUACCCCCAGAUGAUUUAUUUAUUAUUUAUUCAUGCCAUGCACAUACGUCUCCUCUUGAGAUCACGGAAACAUACAGAAGAAUACCACUUAAACACAAAACAAGCACAAUGUCGUCUGAAGUUCGGUCUGGAGGUGGAAUUCUGCGUGUGGACAAUGAAAAAUAUAAAAGCCCAAUGUGGUCUGACCAGCGUGUUUGACAUUUAAAAAAAAAAAA